GUUCUACGGGCCCGGAUCUGUGCUUCGCUCUUCCCGUUUUCAUGUGUUCUGUGCUCCAAUGAUCAACAGCCAGAGAUCGUCAUGUCGCAUCCUCGUCACCUCCCUCCUCCUCUUCUUCAUCAUUAUGUCAAACGCGCUCACGGAAGGGCCAAAAUUCGCAGAGCCCAUACCCAACGUAACCGUAGCACUGGGAAGGGACGCUUCACUUCCUUGCGUCGUGGACAACCUUGGAAACUACAAGGUCGCUUGGAUUCAUAUUGACCGACAGAUGAUCCUGACGAUUCACCGGCACGUUAUAGCCAAAGUUUCCAGGUUCAGCGUUUCGCACGACAACCACAAAACUUGGUUAUUAAACGUUAAUCAAGUUCAACAAGAAGACAGGGGUUAUUAUAUGUGCCAAGUCAACACAAACCCGAUGAUUAGCCAAGUUGGCUACCUUCAAGUUGUAGUCCCUCCAAACAUUUUGGACGACCAAAGCACUCCAUCAUCCGUAGCGGUGAGGGAGAACCAGAAUGUCUCGCUGACGUGCAAAGCCGACGGUUUGCCCAUCCCAAAGCUCUCAUGGAGAAGGGAGGACGGCCAACCCAUUACCAUCGACAGGAAGACCAAAGUUAAUAUCCAAGAAGGAGAACAACUUAAUCUAACUCGUAUAACAAGAAACGAGAUGGGGGCGUAUUUAUGCAUUGCUUCAAAUAGUGUGCCUCCUUCUGUCAGCAAAAGGAUAAUUCUUGAUGUCGAAUUUUCACCGAUGAUUUGGGUACCAAACCAACUGGUGGGCGCCCCGGCAGGGACUGACGUGACGAUAGAAUGCAACACAGAAGCCUAUCCAAAAGCGAUAAGCUAUUGGGUCUAUGAGGGGAUCAUGCUUCUUCCGACCAAAAAGUACAUAUCCAACAUUCAAGAGAAUUCGUACAGGACGUACAUGAAGCUCACCGUGCGCAACAUAACAUCCAAGGAUUUCGGGAGCUACAGGUGCAUAUCGAAGAACUCCCUUGGGGAAACCGAGGGCUCAAUCAGACUCUACGAGAUCCCAUUGCCUUCGGAAGCGCCGAGGACGACGGAAAUGGGCAGCAGAGCAGGGAAAGACGUUGGGAAGACAAAGCCAAAGCUGAUGGUAAGGAGCACUACAGUAGCCCCUAGAAGAACGACCCCUUCUGUGACAACUACGACGUCAUCAAUAAGUAACUUCAUUAUUACGUAUUCUUCAGGUAGUCGAGUGGAAGCCAGUUGGUCAAGCACCUACUUCAUUCUUGCGGCGCUCAUCAUCAUCCACAGCCGGCCCUCAUCACUCUAAACACAAAGACUGCUCCGAUCUGUGUAACGAUUUUAAAAAUUGUACAUCCCUUAGUUUUGUUUUAAAAUUAUACAAUGAUUUAAUUAGAAGAACAAAUUAGUGUUGUUCAGUAAUGAAAAAAAUUGUUACAGAUUAUUUAUCAUAAUAUUAUUUUUGAUUACUCAAAUGCUUAUAAAUAUAAUUCAUUUUUAUUCUUAGCAAUGCCGUUGGUUUAUUCACGUUAGUGAACAAUAAACAUUUGCAUGAUAUUAAACUUGAAUUGGCGUCGUUUAUGAUAAAGAGCGCUUCCAGUCUGGAUUAAAAGGUAUCAUCAAGAAAUUAAUGCAUGCAGACUUUACACGAUGUUGCAUAUCAACGACAUUAAACAAACAAGACAUUAAGACAUAAUUUUUUUUUUUUUAAAUCGUCCAGAUCAAAAGUUGCCGGUUACAGCAGGUAUUGCCCGCGGCGUAACGAGGUGAAAAAUGUUGGCUCCCUCCGAUUGAAUGAGCCCGAAUUUCGCCGGGCUAACCAGCCGAGAAAGUUCGGCAAACUUUUUAUAAAAAUAAUCUCAAUCGGGCAGCCAACCAAAACAAAAAUAUUGGGAUUGCCCGACCAACUUCACCGGCUUCGAGGUUUUCAGCCUGAUCGUUGUCCCGCUGUUCCUUAAAAAAACAGUCCCAUCCACGGCGGUUUAAAACUUUGAAAUCCGUCUCGUCUUUUCCGUGGUAUGUGAAAAAGUUCACUUGUUUAAAUUUCGCCCUUUCGUCUUAUUUAUAUAUUUCUAUAAAUUAGUAUUCAAUCCAAUUCCACACUGUUUAAUUAUACGCCAUCUUUCGUUAUUAACCUUUA